AUGCACCACAAACUCCUUCUAACAAUUUCUCUCCUUCCCACUCUCUACGCUGCUCCCGCACCUGCACCCAUCCCAGACGUAGCAAAUGAUAAUCACUCACCCUACUACUCUCCUCCCUCCGUCUCUGUCCCUUCUCUUCCUGUCCCAGCCGUCCCAUCAGUUCCUGCUGUUGGUGGUACUACUGGCGGUAGUACUGAUAGUAGUGAUCCACUUGGACUAGGUGGUCUCCUCGGUGGUCUCCUCGGUGGUCUUGGUCUUGGUGGUGCUGGUGGGACUGCUCCAGUUGCAAGUAUCCCAGCUUUGCCUGCUCCAAGUGUGCCAGUUUUGCCGACGAGUCAUUAUUAUCCUACACCUGUUCCCCAGGUUUCGGCUACUUUGCCGGCAGGUGGAGGAGGCCCGGUUGUUUCGGCUACAAUUCCUAUCGGUGGAGCAGGUCCAGUUGUUUCCGCCACGAUUCCUAUCGGUGGCGGUGGUAUUUCGAUUGGUGGUGGUGCAUCUGCUUCUGCUACUAUUCCUAUUAUAUCUGCUACUCUUCCAGCUGUUGGUGGUGGCUCAGGAUCAAGUGUUGGAUAUAAUGAAGGUGGUGCCAGUGGAAGUAGCGAAAGUGGACCUGGCAUAUCUGUUUCGGUACCUAUUCCAACCGGUGGUGUUUCAGCUGGUGUUGGAACUUCAGAUGCAGUCACUGCUUCAGUUCCUGGUGCUACAAUUUCUAUAACUCAACCUGGUGGACCAAUUGUUAGUUCUGGCCCUGCAUCGAGCGGUUGUCUGGCUAAGGAUAUGUCGACAUAUUCACUUAUUAUUGCUUCUACAGUUCCCCAGACAACAACUAGCAUCUCGUAUUUCACUGUUCCAGUUGUUGAAACUAUUUCUACAAAUUAUGUGCAGGUCAUUUAUUCGACAAUUACUAUUCCAACUACAGUUUUGAAGACUAGUCAAAGUACAGGAACUACAACAAUUGUUGCUACUUCCGUCGUUACCAGUCUUCAAACUUCUCUCACAGCCGUCUGCCAAGGUAGUGGUUCACCUCCAGCUCCUACAGGCUCUGUACCAAGUGGAUCUAGUGCCAAUGGUGCCGCUAGCUCGAGUGCACCAGGUGCUACCAUCAGUGUUGGACUUUCCAGUGGUGGAAGUGGAGGAAGCAGUGGAUCUGGAACCCCAACAGGAAGCGGAAGUGGAAAUGGGAAUUAUGGUGGAUAUUACCCUAGAAUCUGA